AUGAACAGAGCGACAGCGGCGGAGAUCGUCACGCGUCAGGUUUGGAAGUGGAAAUCGAGGUCUUCAACAUCGUCGGUGGUGGCACCCGUCAAAGAUGACCUCAACAGGGCCAUGAACCAUCGAGUCAAACCUAAUUCCUUCACGAUCGAUCGGAUCGUCAACAGCCUCUUUCGGCCGCUCUUUCACUCCAAGGCGCUCUCGACGAUCGCAACCAUCCUGUCACUAGUCAAGAUUGUUGGUGGCACGACUAACCUGCAAUUUCUUCGCGACAGGCAAGAUUUGAGCCGUCGCGAGAAAGUCUCGUCGCUUGCGGCUGACUUUCGCGCCGGAUGGAGCAAUGGAGCAAACCGACUGGCGAAAUGGUAUCUGCUGAUCCGCUUGUUCAAGAUCAUCAAUGCGAUCGGAAAUCGUCUGAUCAUCGACCGACAGCCUCGACGUCCGAUCCGAUGGAGCGAGCACGUGGUCGUCAUCACGGGCGGUGCCAGAGGUAUCUGCGGCCACGUUUGCAAGCUUCUUCGUCAAAAAGGGGCCAAGGUUGUGGUGCUCGACUUGCCGGAGAAGUCGGAACACGGACUGGAGACUCUGUACGUUCAGGCGGACGUGACGGACAUCAAAUCGCUUCUCAACGCCAAGAAGCAGGUGGAGGAAAAGCUCGGCUACUGCACCAUGCUGCUGCUUGGCGCCGGUAUCGCUCGACACUCACUGCUCCUCGACACCGAAGAGCAAUUCCCCUACGAACUUGCAAAGCAGGUCUCCGAUGUCAACUACCACGGCGUCAUGGCAACGCUCAAAGCGUUUGGCGAGCACAUGCUGCCCGACGGCGGCGUCAAAGAUCGACCCUUCAAGCAGGCCAAAAACGGUUGGGGUGGACACAUUCUCAUCAUCGGCUCAGGUGCUGCGUACAUCGAGCUCCCCGCCAAUGCCGCAUACAACGCAUCGAAAGCAGCAACGGUCUCGCUGCAUUCUUCGCUGUCGUCGGAGCUCCACACGUAUCACAAGGUGGACAACGUUCGAGCUUCGAUCAUCUGUCCUCUGAAGAUCGAAUCCAAGAUGACCGAGGGUAGGAUGCUGGACACGCACGACCAAUUUGCUCUACCGACGCUGACGAUUCCGGAAGCUGCGGAGAAGAUCGUCGAGGUCCGAGCUCUGUUUGUGAGAGUGUGGCAGCGGCAGUCAUAUCGGCCCGUGCAGCCGGAAAAGCGCGUGCCUUUGCGAGAAUUCCAUGCUCGGCGUGCCAAGAACUGUGCUUCAGGGGAGAUCUACAUCGUAGUCGCGAACCGACCGAAGCCCCUGAUGCACCACAGACACAUCAACCGCAUUGAUACAGUAAUGAAGCCAUCUUACAGUACAAGAUGA